CACAACCACCUGGAUAAGGGUGGGAUUUGUUGUCAACUUCAUUCGAGCCACCAUCCUUGCAGCUUAGAACAUGGGCAACACUACGCUCCAACAGAUUACGUUGACGAACAUGCCUAUAAAACAUUUGAGCAGCAGACCUUCUCCCUCACACCUUACCACACAGGCAGACACACAGUACGCCAUUCAUCAGGAUCAAUCAUGGCGCACCACGUUCUUCCGUUGCUCCUGGUGGUCGUGUUCGGUGCUGCCACGGCAAUGGCGGCGAGCGGAGACGACGCGAUGCCGCCAAUACCGGAGUUCCAUAUGGACAUCCCGCCGAUGCCACAGCCGGCGGACAUCCCGCCGCCGUCACCGUGCCUGAACAGCUUAUCGCCCGUGUGCAAUGGCGUCAGUACCCAGGACAGCCCCAAUCUGGCGCCCUGCUGCACCGUGUUCAAGAAGCUCUUCAACAACGACCCCACGUGCGUCUGCGAUGCCGUCGUUCAGGCUCAGAAGGUCGCAAAGGAGUACAAGCUCAACGGCACCAUGUACGACGGCCUAGAGACGUUCCGCCUCUGCGACAUGCCUACCACCAGCUGCGAGCCAGGAAAACCAGGUUCAGAAAACUUAGGAAGUGCGGCACCUAAUGGGAGGUCCAUUGGUGCCUUUCAAACCAUGCUUCUCCUCCCAUUGUCGUGCUUCAUGCUGUUGUUGUAAGCGUGGAGCACUGAGGACUUUCCCUGCUCAUUUUUUGCACUCUGUUCCCUUCGUUUCCAGUAUUUGUAAUCUCAUUAAUUUUGUGUGGCCACGGCAUGAGAUUGAAAGUACUACCAGUAUCUUAAUUUUUUUACUAUUCCUACGUUAUCUGGUUUACACAGCUCGGAGAAAGUGCAAUCGAUGAAAAGCAGUGAGUGAAUUUGCAUUUCAAUCGUUUCUUUUGCUGAA